UAUUGUUUCCAUAGCUAUCAUUGAUGACAGUGGUCAUCCACUCGUUUUUUUGUUUAUUUAUUUUUAUGUACAUUUCCGUUUGAACUUGUUCAUAGAAGUGUUUCUUUUCUAGCGACUUGGGUUGACUAUCUCGAGGGAGAUACUGCUUUUCCAUGAUGAAGUCGUCCUCGGCAUUCGUAGUCGCUUCCUCUCUUUUAUUCUCACUUACAUCAGCGCAAUCGAGCGCAACCUCCAAACGUGGCAUCGCUUACAUAAAGGGCGGCGAGUCUGCAGAUUACAAUAUACUCCUGACUUCCAAGUCGCCCAUGGACUGGUACUACACAUGGACUCCUCGAACAGCUCCUGGCGACAUCUUCUGGGGGUCAAAAGUAGACAACGACACAAUCGAGUUUGUGCCGACGAUCCACAACAAUACCAAGCUCGACGAUGACAUCGAGGCGCUGAAAGAUGCGCCGUCUGCUUCUAAAUACCUGUUUGUUUUCAAUGAGCCGGACGGUACCUUCGAAACAGGUGGCUGCGAUUUGACCCCCCAAGACGCGGCGAGGGAUUAUAUCGCCAAAAUUGUGCCUCUCAGAAAUCGCUGGAAGAUCUCGCAUCCCGUUACCACGGGCUCUCCGCGCGGCUUCCAGUGGCUCCAAGACUUCAAUGCCGCCUGCUGGGCCAUCGACCCCAAGAAUGGCUGCCCGACAGACUUUGUGACUGUGCAUUGGUACGGCGAUUUCAUAGGCAUGACAUCGUGGAUUGGGCAGUUGGCAGCGUGGUAUAACGGCUCCGAUGCCGGCCUCCAGGGCGAUCUGAGGGUCUGGGUGACGGAGAUAGGAGCCCCGAGUGCCCCCAUGGAUGCGAAUUACAACGUGAUGAGCCAAACGCUACCCUACCUAGACUCGCUCGAGUACGUUGAUCGGUACGCAUGGUUCGGGGCCUGGAGGAUUGGUGGCGCUAAUCGCAACGAAUGGACAGGGGACGGUCUGUCCCUCUUCGAUGACAAUGGAGGAUUAACGACACUUGGGGCACUUUAUGUUGGUGGUGAGACAAACGGAUUCGCGAUCGGAGAGAAGGGGAAAGCAUAUACUGCGCCGACCAACAACGGGAGCAGCGGCAACGACACUAAUAGCGAAGGCGGUGCCGACAACUCGACGGACACUGGAAGUAACAACAGCACUGGAAAUAGUACCGGCAGUGGGCAAGGCGGCAGCGGUAAUGGGGCUCAAACCAACACCGCCGCCACCUGGAUAUUUUGGACAGGCCUCGUGGCGGCAGGCCUCUGGAUGCUAUAAUAAUGAUAAUCGUGCACAUAAAACGAGAUACCCUGUAUGAUAUACGAGGGGUAUAGGACGAGACUUUGGUAGAAGAUUAUGUAUAUACAUAGACAUAUCUUAUGUGGGCAUUUACUUCUGGUUGAAGUUCAUGCUAUAACCACCCGUCUUUUCAUCCUUCACCAUGUUGAAGUUGUCGGUGCUCAAUCCGAAAGGCUUCAGAAUGCCGU